ACCGGAUCGCUGGCCAUGAGGACCCUGUGGAUGGCGCUGUGCGCGCUGGCGCAUCUGUGGCCCGGGGCCCURGCUGGCUGCGCCGAGGCGGGGCGCUGUUGCCCUGGUCGGGACCCCGCCUGCUUCGCCCGCGGCUGGAGGCUGGACAGGGUCUAUGGGACCUGCUUCUGCGACCAAGCUUGCCGCCUCACGGGGGACUGCUGCUUCGACUACGCCAGGGCGUGCCCAGCUCGCCCGUGCUUCGUGGGGGAGUGGAGCCCCUGGAGUGGCUGCGCGGACCAGUGCAAGCCGACCAUCCGCGUGCGCAGGCGCUCGGUGCGCCAGGAGCCCCAGAACGGAGGGGCGCCCUGCCCGCCCCUGGAGGAGAGAGCCGGCUGCCUGGAGUAUGCCACGCGGCAGGGCCAGGACUGCGCGCACGCCUUCGUCCCUGCCUUCAUAACUACCUCUGCCUUCAACAAGGAGAGAACAAGACAAGCUGCGUCUCCACAGUGGUCUACGCACACAGAGGAUGCCGGAUACUGUAUGGAGUUCAAGACAGAGUCCCUGACUCCUCACUGUGCUCUGGAGAACCGGCCCCUGACACGGUGGAUGCAGUAUCUCCGAGAGGGAUACACCGUGUGCGUGGACUGUCAGCCCCCGGCCAUGAAUUCUGUGAGCCUUCGUUGUUCUGGAGAUGGCCUGGACUCUGACGGAAAUCAGACUCUUCACUGGCAAGCAAUCGGCAAUCCUCGAUGUCAAGGAACUUGGAAAAAAGUCCGGCGAGUAGAYCACUGUUCUUGUCCAGCAGUUCACAGUUUCAUUUUUAUAUAGAUCAUCAUGUAACUGUUUCAAGAUGUGUUUGUAAGCAUGCUGAAUAUUGUUAGGUUGUGUGUAACACUUCAUAAAUUCUAAAAACUGUUGGACCCAAGUUCCUGAACACAUCAUUGCCAUCCACUGAAGUAUAGAAAAAAAAAUUAGAGGCUAAUUCUCAAGGAACAUUCUCAAGGAAUGUCUAUAUUUCUUACUUUUAUAAGUUGARGACUUAGAAAAGCUCCUGAGGUUUUAUGUCCUUGACCUUCCAUCCAGUCACAAAAUAUGUGUUGGUUUGCACUAGAAUUACUAUCCCAAGCUCCACUUUGGGGGAAGUUAUUAUUUAAGGGUAACUACACUUUGACUUGCAUCCUUUUCUCUCUAUUCCGUAUCUCUUAAAAGUUUCUCACUUUAAAAAAACAAUGUUAUAGAGCUGGGCACUGUGACACAGGUCUGAAAUCUCAGCAAUUUAGGSAGCUAAA